UUUAUUCAUCAUCAAGCACAACCCGACAAACCCACACCCACCGACCGUUGUCGACUAACGGACGACUCUCCCUCUCCGGCUCUGCCCCGCCCCCUCAGCCCUCUCCAUGUCGCCGGCGGCUGAGGCGCAAGCGCCGCUCCUUCCCUCGGAUACGAAGCAUGCUGCUGCCGCGGCCGACGAGAGGCCCGCGUCAGUCUCCGGCGCGGUGUUCAAUGUGUCGACGAGCAUAAUCGGCGCGGGGAUCAUGUCAAUACCGGCUACGCUGAAGGUGCUGGGCGUGGUCCCGGCGUUUGUGCUGAUAGUGGUGAUCGCGUGGCUCGCCGAUGUGUCAGUGGGGUUCCUGAUGAGGUUCACUCAUGCGGGGCAGUCGGUCACGUACUCAGGCGUCAUGAGGGAGUCGUUUGGGGCGGCAGGUUCGGUGGCCGUGCAAGCGGCCGUCAUGAUCACCAACCUCGGCUGCCUGAUCAUUUACCUGAUAAUUCUUGGUGACGUGUUAUCGGGAAGUAAGCCGGAUGACGGAUCGGUCCACAUGGGGGUUCUGCAGGAAUGGUUCGGGUCACACUGGUGGAACACGCGCGAGUUCGCCCUCCUCUUCAUCCUAGUCUUCGUCUUGCUUCCGUUAGUUCUUUUUCGCCGCGUAGAGUCUCUGAAGUUCAGUUCCGCUGUGUCGGUGCUUCUGGCGGUGGUGUUCGUCGGAAUCAGCUCGGCUCUGGCAAUAUUGGCUCUCAUAGAAGGGAAGACGAACAGCAUGAGAUUGCUGCCGGAAUUGGAGGACAAAUCUUCCUUCUUCAACCUCUUCACCGCUGUUCCAGUCAUAGUAACGGCCUUCACGUUCCAUUUUAAUGUCCACCCAAUCGGUUUUGAGCUAGGGAAGCCCUCCGAUAUGAUUUUGGCGACGAAAAUAUCGCUCGUACUCUGCGCUGCUAUCUUCUUCGCAAUAGGAAUCUUCGGAUACCUUCUUUUCGGAGACUCGAUCAUGCCCGACAUCUUGGUCAAUUUCGACCGAAGCUCAGGAUCAGGAACCUUCAGCUCCUUCCUGAACGACACAGUCCGGCUUAGCUACGCCCUGCACCUGAUGCUCGUCUUCCCUCUCCUGAACUUCUCCCUCAGGUCGAACAUAGACGAGUUCCUCUUCCCUAAGAAGCCUCUCCUGGCAACAGACUCGACUCGGUUCAUCUCCAUCACGAUAGUUCUACUAGUUAUAACUUACCUUGCAGCAAUCGCAUUCCCGAACAUUUGGUACUUCUUCCAGUUCAUGGGAUCAACUACUGCCGUGUGCCUCGCAUUCAUCUUCCCCGCCGCCAUCGUGCUGAGGGAUGUUCAUGGGAUAUCGACAAUGAACGACAGGAUCAUUGCAGCGAUCAUGAUAGGAUUAGCUGUAGUAACAAGUACAAUCGCAAUCUCGAAGAACAUAUACAGUAUGUCAGAGAACACUACAUAAUUUUCUGUAGUUUCUGUUGUUUGUAUUGUUUUGUUGCAAUUUCAGCAGUAAAUUUUUUAUAGGUUUUUACCAUAUUGUCAUAUGAUAGUUUAGUGAAUUUCUUGCUGGGAGUUCCAAAACAGAUCCCGAUCCAUGUUAAAUUCUUCCCA